AUGUCUUCUCCGAGCAAUGUCACCUUUCCAAAUCUCACCUCCAACCCCGAUGAGACCUACCAGGUCAACAUCAUCGCCUGUGCCGUGAUCACAUGGGUUAUUGGAGCAACAUUUGUAGGACUGCGGUUCUACACCCGAGGGAUCUUACUUCAAAACAUCCUCGGAGCAGAAGACUGGCUUAUACUACUGGCAUUGGUCUUUGCAGCAGCAACAUGUGCAGGCCUGAUUGAGCAAGCGGUUUACGGCCUAGGAAAACACACACUAGAUAUCAACCCCGACCUCAUCAUCCCAAUGGCGAGGGCAGGCUGGUACACAAUCCUCUACUACCUCCUAACCCUCCUCCUAACCAAACUCUCCCUCCUCCUCCUCUACCUCCGCCUCCUAACCUACCACCGCGCCCGCUACUACGUCCACCUAAUCCUCCUCAUCGUCAUCCUCACUAACGGCCUCUGGACCCUCACCACCGUUCUAACCGCCUGCCUCCCCCUCCCCGCCUUCUGGGACAAAGCAACUUACCCAAACGCCUACUGCCACCCACGCCCCUUCUGGCUAGGGAACACAGGCCUCCACAUCGGCACCGAUAUCCUUUUAUACAUCCUCCCCCUCCCCAUAAUCGCCAACCUGCAAAUGAAGCCAAAACAAAAGGCCAUGCUAUACGGUGUUUUCGCUUUGGGUUUCUUUGUCUGCACAAUAUCGGCAGUCCGCCUAUGGGACUUGAUCGAGCAAUACUCCCGCUCCGACUUCACCUUUGACAACGUCAGCAUCGCCUACCUAACCUGCAUCGAGAUCAACGCCGCCAUCGCCUGCGCGUGCUGCAUGACGCUCAAGCCGUUGGUCAGCAAGCUGUUCCCGAGGUUCUUUUCCGGGUCCAAUAGCGACAGCUUGGAAACGUCAGGGGAUGUGGAAGCUGGGCCUGAUGACGCUGGCAGAGUCGCGGAGCAAAAGGGAAGGAAUCCGCCUACUAUUGGGUCGAAGCCUUCACGGAGGGUGGGCGAUCAGGAUAAGGAGACGUGGAUUUCAAUGUACCAGAGUCAGAGGGAUAGCGACAGUUUAGAGCUGCAGGAGAGGGACAUCGUGGAGGCUGAGAAGGGGGCGUCGCAAGCAAUAGCAGAGAAAUAA